AUGAUGACGGACGACGGUGGCAACAACGAAAUGAUGUCCAGGAAGGUGUCGGUCGACCCGUCCAUUGGCACGUCAUCGAUCCACGACGAGCUGAUCCGCAAAUACUCGAGAAUCCCGCUGUUCGACCCAGCGCGACGCAUCCAUCGCUACAGCAUACUGGCGAUCAUGUGCUUUCUGAACUUCGGCAGCUACUUAAUAUACGAUGCACCGGCCGCAUUGAACGACAACAUAGUUCAGGUACAGCCUGACGAAAAUAUGGUCUUAGGCCGGCUUAUUAAUGCGGACAAAUAUACUCACCCACCCUCCCCCCCCCGGAAGUCUGUCAUCGUACAUGAUUAG